GGCGAUUGCGGGGUGUCCGUCCUGCCUUUCACAGAUUGUAUUCCACAAUGACAGAGCCUCUGGUACCUCUUCCGCCCCUUGAAAAGCUGAGCGACAGAGUAAUCCGGGUGCUGGCUGGGAAUCCGGGCAAGUUCACGCUGCAAGGAACAAAUACGUACAUUGUCGGCACUGGGUCCAGCCGUCUCCUCAUAGACACGGGCGAGGGCAGACCAGUAUGGAUAAACUCAAUCAAGGCAGUCCUGGAGAAGGAGAAGAUCGCAAUCGACAAAGCGCUCCUCACGCACUGGCACCAUGACCACAUUGAGGGAGUACCAGAUCUGCUCAAAGCAUUUCCUAAUACGAAGGUGUUCAAAAACAACCCGAAGGAUGGAUGGUCCGACAUCCAGGACGGACAGAGGUUCGAGACAGAGGGUGCAACUUUGCGAGCCUUGUACAGCCCCGGGCAUACCACUGACCAUAUGGCUUUCAUCCUCGAAGAAGAAGAUGCCAUGUUCACUGGCGACAACGUCCUAGGCCAGGGCACUGCGGUAUUCGAGGACUUGAGCACGUACAUGGAGAGUCUGGAGGCCAUGUCCAAGGCGUUCAAAGGCCGGGCAUACCCAGGACACGGCCCAGUGAUUGAGGAAGGACCCGCAAAAGUGUUGGAGUACAUCAAGCACCGCAAGUUGCGCGAAAAGCAGGUAUUAGACGUCCUUGCGCAGCCAAAAGAGGGCGGUUGGUCGUCGAUGGAUAUUGUCAAGGUGAUCUAUAAGGAUUAUCCUGAGAAUUUGUGGCAGCCGGCGGAAAAGGGCAUUCUGCAGAUAUUGGAGAAGUUGAGGAAGGAGGGUAGGGUGAAACAUGACGAAGAGAACAACACCUGGUCGUUAAGUGGGAAAGCGGCACUCUAAUUUAUGACCAUUUCUUCGGGACGUGUAAAGGGUACUGCUCAGUAGUCAGUCCGUUUCCCUGCAAUAUGAGGAGAGAACUGCAUAAUCACGAGUGGCACUUCGCCUAGAAAGGG